AUGAAGCCGGCAACUACAAAAUGGUGCGAUACUUCCUUCCCGGCUAAUUUCAGCUAUUUCCGGCUAUUCUCCGCUAUUCCGGGCUAUUCUCCGCUAUUUUCCGCUAUUCCCCGCUAUUCCCCGCUAUUCCCGGCUAUUCUCCACUAUUCACGGCUAUUCUCCGCUAUUCCGGGCUAUUCUCCGCUAUUUUCGCUAUUCCCCGCUAUUCCCGGCUAUACCCUGCUAUCCCCGGCUAUUCGCGGCUAUUCUCGGCUGUUCUCCACUAUUUCUGACUAUUCUCCGCUAUUUCUGACUAUUCUCUGCUAUUCCCGGCUAUUCUCUGCUAUUCCCGGCUAUUCUCCGCUAUUCCCGGCUAUUCUUUGUUAUUCCCUGCUAUUCUCCGCUAUUCCCGGCUGUUCUCCGCUAUUCCCGGCUAUUCUCCGCUAUUCACGGCUAUCCUCCGCUAUUUCUGACUAUUUUCCGCUAUUCCCGGCUAUUCUCCACUAUUCCCGGCUAUUCUCCGCUAUUCCCGGCUAUUCUUUGUUAUUCCCUGCUAUUCUCCGCUAUUCCCGGCUGUUCUCCGCUAUUCCCGGCUAUUCUCCGCUAUUCCCGGCUAUUCUUUGUUAUUCCCUGCUAUUCUCCGCUAUUCCCGGCUAUUCUCCACUAUUCCCGGCUAUUCUUUGUUAUUCCCUGCUAUUCUCCGCUAUUCCCGGCUAUUCUCCACUAUUCCCGGCUAUUCUCCGCUAUUCCCGGCUAUUCUUUGUUAUUCCCUGCUAUUCUCCGCUAUUCCCGGCUAUUCUCCACUAUUCCCGGCUAUUCUCCGCUAUUCCCGGCUAUUCUUUGUUAUUCCCUGCUAUUCUCCGCUAUUCCCGGCUGUUCUCCGCUAUUCCCGGCUAUUCUCCGCUAUUCACGGCUAUCCUCCGCUAUUUCUGA